AUGGAGGAUCAUGUUAUACAUCGGAACAAUGUACUAGGAAUAUUGAGGAAAGAACAACUAUUUGCUAAGCUGUCAAAAUGUUCUUUUGGCCAAACAAAGGUAGAGUACUUGGGGCACAUAAUUAUAGGAGAAGGAGUUGCCACUGAUCCUUCAAAGAUUGAAGCUAUGGCUUCUUGGCCUACUCCUAAAAUUAUCAAGGCCCUUAUGGGAUUUCUGGGGUUGACAGGUUACUAUAGGAGGUUCAUCAGGUCAUAUGGGGUUAUAAGCAGGCCCCUAACCAACUUGUUGAAGAAAAAUGGAUUUCACUGGGAUGAGGAAGCUGAGCAUUCAUUUCAGAUCCUUAAACAGGCCAUGUCCAAUGCACCUGUUCUAGCAUUAGCAGAUUUCAACAAGACCUUCAUAAUAGAGACUUAUGCUUGUUCUAAAGGGAUGGUGCAGUGCUUAUGCAAGAGGGCAGACCUAUUGCUUUUUUCAGCAAAGCUUUAG